AUGCCAAAACGACGAGGGUCGGGUCUGGAAGGUGCACUCCGCACUUUACUGGUCACAGCGCCAAGAGACUGGUCCAACUUCGGGGACUCCAAGCUGCCAACGCUUAAGGUGGUCGAAAUGGAUGGGAAGAAAGAAACCCUGUUGCUGCGUCCACUCGGGGAUGCGAACCUUUGGAAGGUGGAGAAGCUGGGUUCGGAGGUGGUCGGCUACAUGGCGGUCUACGUCGACAUGAUGAUCGCUUCGAAACCUGUGACUGAGGCGGUCAUCUCCGUGUUCUGGAAAGUGACCUUUGCCCUCAUCCCACCGCCGGACUAUUGCGGUGGAUGGGCGUGCUUCUUUUGUUCGUUAAUGAUGAUUGGCUUAGUGACAGCGCUGGUGGCAGAUCUGGCGGGACUAUUAGGUUGCGUUGUUGGUAUGGGUGAUGCCAUCACGGCCAUUACCUUGGUGGCUUUGGGGACCUCCCUUCCAGACACCUUUGCCUCCAAAGCUGCAGCUCAACAGGACCCCUAUGCUGAUGCAUCCAUCGGGAACAUCACGGGAAGUAACUCUGUGAACGUCUUUCUCGGCUUGGGGUUGCCCUGGUCUAUAGGAGCUAUCUACUGGGCUGUGGUUGGUCAAACAGAUGCGUGGCGAGAAAAAUAUGCCAACGAGGCGCGGAUUGACUUCUCCUCUCUAGAGGGUGGCGGUGGCAAAUUCAUCGUCGUAGGCGGCGACUUGGGCUUCUCUGUGGGUCUCUUCACAGGCCUUGCGGUGCUGUGUAUCGUGACGCUGAUUGCCAGGCGGAUACUGUACGGUGGAGAACUGGGGGGCCCCCAGAUUCCCAAAGUCAUCACAGCAGUUUUCUUGGUGAUCCUUUGGAUCGUUUAUGUCACCGUCUCCGUCCGCGUUCCCAGUGAUAGUCUCUUGGGCAGGGCAGAGCGUUGGAGCCGUUGA